CGCAGCGAAGUCACGAUGCAUCUGACAGCGACGAACACCUCCAACAGCCAGACGGCGACCGGCGCCGCCGCCUCACCGGAGGGCACCAAUAUCAUCAACGACACCUACAGCAAGAUGACGUCGGACAUCCUCGCCGAACGUACCCUCAAUGAUUUCCUCUCCGAACAUCCUGGCGAGUUGGUGCGCACCGGUAGUCCGCUGUUCGUGUGCACCGUCUUACCGCCGCAUUGGCGGUCGAAUAAAACUCUACCGGUGGCAUUCAAAGUAGUCGCGUUGGGGGACAUCGGCGACGGGACGGUGGUCACUGUGCGCGCCGGAAAUGAUGAGAAUUACUGCGCUGAGUUGAGGAACUGCACCGCCGUGAUGAAGAACCAAGUGGCGAAAUUCAACGAUCUGCGCUUCGUGGGCCGCAGUGGACGAGGCAAAAGUUUCACGUUAACGAUCACCGUGUCGACGUCGCCGCCCCAAAUUGCCACCUACAAUAAGGCCAUCAAAGUCACCGUCGACGGGCCGCGCGAGCCCAGAUCCAAAACGAUGCUUUCCCUUCUAGGACAGCAGCAGCAGUUCCACUUCGCUUUCGGCCAGCGGCCGUUCCCGUUCGCCGCGUCGGACCCUCUGACCGGCUUCCGAAUGCCUCCGAUCGGAAAUUGCAACAACAUGCCGCAAUUCGGGCUCACAUCAACGAACUCCCAUUGGGGCUACAGCGCGGCGAGCGCGUACUCCCCGUACUUCACACCCAGCUCCUUGGGGUCCUGUCCAGCACCUUCCUCCUCGCAGUUCAACACUCCAGCGUUGGGUUUCUCCGGGGCCGCGCCUGACCAGACCACCACUCAGGACGCGUUCGCAUCAGUAUUACCAGAUACGGGUUCCUCGGACCUGGAUCAACACCUUGGGUUAGUCGCAACGCAAACCCACACCGGCGGUCAGAAUCAAAACAGCUCCUCGCUGCUGGUACCACGUUAUCCAUCCAAUAACGACUUCAGUCUGUCGGGUUCGCGUUCCCUCAGCGACAACUCCAGCACAGCGGAGAGCCCCGUCCAGGAAGACAUCCUCAGCCAAACCCCCCUGGGUGCUUCUGCAAAUGUCAACCACCCGAACAACUCCAGCAACUUCCAGUUGCAUCAAAACAUGGCCCCAACGACGUAUGCUUCAGGCAACUGUAAUAAUUCGUUGUACCCUGUACUACCAGCAAGUUUACUCUACUCUCAACUCUACUCAGCUGCGAAUCAGUCUCAUAAUUUCCACUCCCUGCAUUCACACUCCUCGCAAGGACACGCCAAUGAUUUGCAGAGCGUUAUGGAUCAACUCUCCACAACAAAUCAGCGACAUGGCACGCACGGUACGCAGAUGAACAACGGCAGCACCGAUUUGCUUCUCACCAACUCAGCGUCCUGUGCAGCCGCAGCUCAGCGACAAGACGACGCACGGCUCAACGCCAAUCAACAGCGAGGUCCAGCCGCACACAACACCGACGCAGUGUGGCGCCCAUACUAAAAAUAUCCAAAGAUGUACAAAAACUUAAUUAAUUAUCAUCAAUCAUCCAAAGUCAUACAACCUAAAAAAAGUGAGCCAAUGUAUACAUUAGCGUAAGUUCUACCUUCUAACGAAUAAAAAUAAAUUUUUUGUAUAAUAAAUGCUCGGAAUGGACGCAAGUUUAAACGCUAAGUGCAAUAUAAAGCCAAAAAAGUUUUAAUUAAUUUUAAACAAAUCAACUAGUUAAUUACGUGUAUAAAUAACAGUUAAUUACGUAUUUAAUGAAUUAUUACAUUAAACAAACCACUAAUCGUAAACCGAUUUAGGCGAUAAGGGAAUUAAAGUGCAAACAACAACAUUUUUGACGAUGUGUGCGGACAAAAGUGAAGUGAAAGCGUGGAAAUGAUGGAAAACUAGGUUGAUGUUUUAAAUCUCACUGUUAUUUAUUGCAUAUGAACUCUUACUGAUAGCAUUAUUAAGGUGUGAUACCAAGGACUAACCGAACUAACCAUAAAUACAUAAAUGUGAAAUGUAUACAAAAGGCAAUAUUAAAUAUGCUACUAAAGAUCAUGGGGCUGUUAGUAUAAUAACUAGACACAUCUCAAAACUUUUCAUUUUUUAACUAAUUUAAUUUAUUUCAUUAUAAACAAU